CGCGCCCGGAGCCAGCGGCAGCGGCGGCGGCGGAGGCGCAGCGGGAGCGGAGCCGGCUGCACUCGGGGGCUGGCGCUCUGCAAUGAGACAGUAGCUGCAUCCCCGCGUGUGCUGCUGCAGGGUAACAUCUGGGCUGGAAUCGAGGCUCCUCUGGUGCUUGGAUGUCCCUAAAUUCCUGGAUCAUCUUGUUGAAGACCGUAUUGCUGCUAGAAGCUUCUCACACUCAGGAUCUUCUCAGCGAAACCGAUACUGCAUAAACUGAGAAUUUAGACACUCUGAGCGAAACCCAUCAAGUCAUCUAUGAAAAUGGUGGCGCUCUCCUUAAAGAUCUGUGUCCGCCACUGCAAUGUGGUGAAGACCAUGCAAUUUGAGCCGUCUACGGCCGUGUACGAUGCCUGUCGAGUCAUUCGGGAGCGCGUGCCCGAGGCACAGACUGGACAAGCCUCUGACUAUGGGCUGUUUCUCUCUGAUGAAGACCCCAGGAAAGGAAUUUGGCUAGAAGCAGGACGGACACUGGAUUACUACAUGCUGCGGAAUGGGGAUAUCUUGGAGUACAAGAAGAAACAGAGGCCUCAGAAAAUCCGCAUGUUGGAUGGCGCUGUGAAGACAGUGAUGGUGGACGACUCUAAGACCGUUGGAGAGCUUCUGGUUACCAUCUGCAGCCGGAUCGGAAUAACGAAUUAUGAAGAAUACUCUUUAAUCCAAGAAACCAUUGAAGAAAAGAAAGAGGAAGGGACAGGCACACUCAAAAAAGACAGGACGUUGUUACGAGAUGAGCGGAAGAUGGAGAAGCUGAAGGCCAAGCUCCACACGGAUGAUGACUUAAACUGGCUAGAUCACAGCCGGACGUUCAGAGAGCAAGGCGUGGACGAAAAUGAAGCAUUGCUUCUUCGGCGGAAGUUCUUUUACUCCGAUCAGAAUGUGGAUUCCAGAGACCCAGUGCAGCUGAACUUGCUUUAUGUCCAGGCUCGGGAUGACAUCCUGAAUGGAUCUCACCCUGUCUCCUUCGAGAAGGCAUGUGAGUUUGGUGGAUUUCAAGCCCAGAUACAGUUUGGACCUCACGUGGAGCAUAAACACAAGCCUGGAUUCUUAGAUCUAAAGGAAUUCCUACCGAAAGAAUACAUCAAGCAGAGAGGAGCCGAGAAGCGGAUAUUUCAGGAGCAUAAAAACUGUGGCGAGAUGAAUGAAAUAGAAGCCAAGGUCAAGUAUGUCAAACACGCCCGGUCCCUCCGGACAUAUGGAGUGUCCUUUUUCCUGGUGAAGGAGAAAAUGAAAGGCAAGAACAAGCUGGUUCCCCGCCUCCUGGGCAUCACCAAGGAUUCCGUCAUGCGGGUGGACGAGAAGACCAAGGAGGUGCUGCAGGAGUGGCCGCUCACCACAGUGAAGCGCUGGGCAGCUUCACCCAAGAGCUUCACACUGGAUUUUGGGGAGUACCAGGAAAGCUACUACUCAGUACAAACCACAGAGGGGGAGCAAAUUUCCCAGCUGAUUGCAGGAUACAUCGACAUCAUCCUCAAAAAGAAACAAAGCAAAGAUAGAUUUGGGCUGGAAGGGGAUGAGGAAUCAACCAUGUUAGAAGAGUCAGUUUCCCCAAAAAAGUCCACCAUCUUGCAGCAGCAGUUCAACCGGACUGGGAAAGCGGAGCACGGCUCAGUGGCAUUGCCAGCCGUCAUGCGCUCUGGCUCCAGUGGGCCUGAGACUUUCAAUGUUGGUAGCAUGCCCUCGCCACAGCAGCAGGUCAUGGUUGGACAGAUGCACCGAGGGCACAUGCCUCCGCUGACUUCGGCACAGCAAGCCCUUAUGGGGACCAUCAACACAAGCAUGCACGCUGUCCAGCAGGCUCAGGAUGACCUCAGCGAGCUCGACUCACUGCCACCCCUCGGACAAGAUAUGGCAUCUAGGGUGUGGGUUCAGAACAAAGUGGAUGAAUCCAAACAUGAAAUCCACUCUCAAGUUGAUGCUAUCACAGCUGGGACCGCUUCAGUUGUCAACCUCACAGCUGGUGACCCCGCUGACACUGACUACACGGCCGUGGGCUGUGCAAUCACGACAAUCUCGUCCAACCUGACCGAAAUGUCCAAGGGCGUAAAGCUGCUGGCGGCCUUCAUGGAUGAUGAUGUGGGCAGUGGGGAAGACCUUCUUAGAGCGGCCAGGACCCUCGCAGGGGCCGUGUCUGAUUUGCUGAAGGCCGUGCAGCCUACUUCUGGAGAGCCUCGACAGACUGUUUUGACUGCUGCUGGGAGCAUCGGCCAAGCCAGUGGUGAUCUCCUGAGACAGAUCGGAGAGAACGAGACAGAUGAGCGAUUCCAAGAUGUUUUAAUGAGUCUGGCUAAAGCUGUUGCCAAUGCCGCUGCCAUGUUGGUACUGAAGGCGAAGAAUGUGGCCCAGGUGGCCGAAGACACCGUCCUACAAAACAGAGUGAUCGCUGCAGCCACCCAGUGUGCUCUCUCCACCUCCCAGCUUGUGGCAUGUGCCAAGGUCGUGAGCCCCACCAUCAGCUCUCCCGUGUGCCAGGAGCAGUUGAUCGAGGCUGGAAAGCUGGUGGACCGCUCUGUGGAAAACUGUGUCCGUGCCUGCCAGGCGGCCACUGGCGACAGUGAGCUGCUGAAGCAGGUCAGCGCGGCGGCCAGCGUGGUCAGCCAGGCCCUGCAUGACCUCCUGCAGCACGUGCGGCAGUUCGCCAGCCGUGGCGAGCCCAUUGGCCGCUAUGACCAGGCCACCGACACCAUCAUGUGUGUCACUGAGAGCAUCUUCAGCUCCAUGGGUGAUGCUGGUGAGAUGGUGCGCCAAGCUCGGGUACUGGCCCAGGCCACAUCUGAUCUCGUUAAUGCCAUGAGGUCAGAUGCGGAGGCUGAGAUUGACAUGGAGAAUUCGAAGAAGCUCCUCGCAGCUGCGAAGCUCCUGGCUGACUCCACUGCCCGCAUGGUGGAAGCCGCAAAGGGGGCUGCAGCCAACCCAGAGAAUGAAGACCAGCAGCAAAGGCUGAGAGAAGCUGCCGAAGGGCUCCGAGUAGCAACCAAUGCCGCUGCACAGAAUGCUAUUAAGAAAAAGAUCGUCAACCGGCUCGAGGUUGCAGCCAAGCAGGCUGCAGCUGCUGCCACGCAGACCAUUGCAGCCUCCCAGAAUGCAGCUGUAUCCAACAAGAACCCCUCAGCCCAGCAGCAACUGGUGCAGAGCUGCAAGGCAGUGGCCGAUCACAUCCCUCAGCUCGUUCAGGGGGUGAGAGGGAGCCAAGCUCAAGCAGAAGACCUCAGCGCCCAGCUGGCCCUCAUCAUCUCCAGCCAGAACUUCCUGCAGCCUGGAAGCAAAAUGGUGUCCUCUGCCAAGGCGGCUGUCCCCACUGUGAGUGACCAGGCUGCAGCCAUGCAGCUGAGUCAGUGUGCAAAGAACCUGGCGACCAGUCUGGCCGAGCUACGUACCGCCUCGCAGAAGGCCCAUGAAGCCUGUGGUCCCAUGGAAAUCGAUUCCGCACUCAACACAGUGCAGACUCUCAAGAGCGAGCUGCAGGAUGCCAAGAUGGCCGCUGCAGAAAGUCAACUGAAACCACUUCCGGGAGAAACACUAGAAAAGUGUGCUCAGGACCUGGGAAGCACCUCGAAGGGAGUGGGCUCCUCCAUGGCACAGCUCCUCACCUGCGCUGCUCAAGGCAACGAACACUACACAGGAGUGGCAGCUAGAGAAACCGCCCAAGCUCUGAAAACAUUGGCCCAGGCUGCCCGAGGAGUGGCUGCAUCCACAAAUGACCCCGAGGCUGCUCACGCCAUGUUAGAUUCUGCUCGGGAUGUGAUGGAGGGCUCUGCCAUGCUCAUCCAAGAAGCCAAGCAGGCCUUAAUUGCACCAGGCGAUACAGAAAGUCAGCAGAGGCUAGCCCAGGUGGCGAAAGCUGUGUCUCACUCCUUGAAUAACUGCGUGAAUUGCCUCCCUGGCCAGAAGGAUGUAGAUGUGGCCUUGAAGAGCAUCGGGGAGUCCAGCAAGAAGCUGCUUGUAGACUCGCUACCUCCAAGCACAAAGCCUUUCCAGGAAGCCCAGAGCGAGCUGAACCAGGCUGCUGCUGAUCUGAACCAGUCUGCUGGGGAAGUCGUCCACGCCACGCGGGGCCAGAGUGGCGAGCUGGCGGCUGCUUCCGGAAAGUUCAGUGAUGACUUUGAUGAGUUCCUGGAUGCUGGCAUUGAGAUGGCUGGCCAGGCGCAGACAAAAGAAGAUCAGAUGCAAGUGAUAGGGAACCUCAAGAACAUCUCUAUGGCAUCCAGCAAGCUGCUGUUAGCCGCCAAGUCUCUCUCAGUAGAUCCUGGAGCUCCCAAUGCCAAAAACCUCCUGGCUGCAGCUGCAAGAGCUGUGACCGAGAGCAUCAAUCAGCUCAUCAUGUUGUGUACCCAGCAGGCCCCUGGGCAGAAGGAGUGUGACAACGCCCUGCGGGAGCUUGAGACCGUCAAGGGGAUGCUGGAAAACCCCAAUGAACCUGUGAGUGACCUCUCUUACUUCGACUGCAUCGAGAGUGUGAUGGAAAACUCCAAGGUUCUGGGCGAGUCAAUGGCAGGAAUUUCACAGAAUGCCAAGACUGGGGACCUCCCUGCCUUUGGGGAAUGUGUGGGGAUUGCAUCCAAGGCUCUCUGUGGAUUGACUGAGGCAGCGGCCCAGGCUGCGUACCUGGUUGGCAUCUCUGAUCCUAACAGCCAGGCAGGCCACCAAGGCCUGGUGGACCCCAUCCAGUUUGCCAGGGCUAACCAGGCGAUCCAGAUGGCAUGCCAGAACCUGGUGGACCCUGGCAGCAGCCCAUCGCAGGUUCUGUCGGCUGCCACGAUUGUUGCCAAGCACACCUCAGCCUUAUGCAACGCCUGCCGCAUCGCCUCAUCCAAGACGGCCAACCCUGUGGCCAAGCGGCACUUUGUCCAGUCUGCCAAGGAGGUUGCCAACAGCACGGCCAACCUAGUCAAGACCAUCAAGGCCCUGGAUGGGGAUUUCUCUGAAGACAACCGCAAUAAGUGCCGUAUUGCUACCACCCCCUUGAUUGAAGCUGUGGAGAACCUGACAGCGUUUGCAUCAAACCCUGAGUUUGUCAGUGUUCCCGCCCAGAUCAGCUCUGAGGGCUCCCAGGCACAGGAACCAAUCUUGGUCUCAGCCAAGACCAUGCUGGAGAGCUCAUCGUACCUCAUCCGCACCGCACGCUCUCUGGCCAUCAAUCCCAAAGAUCCACCCACCUGGUCUGUGCUGGCUGGACAUUCGCACACUGUGUCGGACUCCAUUAAGAGUCUCAUCACCUCCAUCAGGGACAAAGCCCCUGGGCAGAGGGAAUGCGACUACUCCAUCGAUGGCAUCAACCGGUGCAUCAGGGACAUUGAGCAGGCCUCGCUGGCGGCAGUCAGCCAGAGCCUGGCCACGAGGGACGACAUCUCUGUGGAGGCCCUGCAGGAGCAGCUGACCUCAGUGGUCCAGGAAAUCGGGCAUCUUAUUGAUCCCAUUGCCACAGCAGCUCGAGGAGAAGCUGCCCAGCUAGGACAUAAGGUGACACAGCUGGCAAGCUACUUCGAGCCCUUGAUCUUAGCUGCAGUUGGUGUCGCCUCCAAGAUGCUGGACCAUCAACAACAGAUGACAGUGCUGGACCAGACCAAGACACUCGCAGAGUCUGCCCUGCAGAUGCUGUAUGCAGCCAAAGAAGGUGGAGGAAACCCCAAGGCACAGCACACCCACGAUGCCAUCACGGAGGCUGCACAGCUGAUGAAGGAAGCUGUGGAUGACAUUAUGGUGACACUGAACGAAGCUGCCAGCGAGGUGGGGCUGGUGGGAGGCAUGGUGGAUGCCAUCGCAGAGGCCAUGAGCAAGCUGGAUGAAGGCACACCUCCAGAACCAAAGGGAACAUUCGUUGACUACCAAACGACUGUGGUUAAAUACUCCAAAGCGAUUGCUGUCACAGCUCAGGAAAUGAUGACUAAGUCGGUUACUAACCCGGAGGAGUUGGGAGGCCUGGCUUCACAAAUGACCAGUGACUAUGGGCACCUGGCUCUCCAGGGCCAGAUGGCAGCAGCCACCGCCGAACCAGAGGAGAUCGGAUUCCAGAUUCGCACACGUGUGCAGGACCUGGGUCAUGGCUGUAUCUUCCUGGUGCAGAAGGCAGGGGCCCUCCAAGUGUGCCCCACAGACAGCUAUACCAAGAGGGAGCUGAUCGAGUGCGCCCGUUCCGUCACUGAGAAGGUAUCCUUGGUGCUUUCCGCCCUCCAGGCUGGGAACAAGGGGACCCAAGCAUGCAUCACAGCUGCUACUGCAGUUUCUGGGAUCAUCGCUGACCUGGAUACCACCAUCAUGUUUGCAACAGCAGGGACACUGAAUGCGGAGAAUGGCGAGACCUUUGCAGAUCACAGGGAGAACAUUCUGAAGACAGCCAAGGCCUUGGUGGAAGACACUAAGCUGCUCGUGUCAGGGGCUGCAUCAACUCCAGACAAGCUGGCCCAGGCUGCUCAGUCCUCUGCAGCUACCAUCACCCAGCUUGCCGAGGUGGUCAAACUGGGGGCUGCCAGCUUGGGCUCUAAUGACCCUGAGACCCAGGUGGUGCUGAUCAAUGCCAUCAAAGACGUGGCCAAGGCUCUUUCUGAUCUCAUUGGUGCUACCAAGGGAGCUGCUAGCAAGCCAGCUGAUGACCCCUCCAUGUACCAGCUCAAAGGAGCUGCCAAGGUGAUGGUGACCAAUGUCACCUCUCUCCUUAAGACUGUGAAGGCGGUGGAAGAUGAAGCCACCCGGGGCACAAGGGCACUUGAGGCCACCAUCGAGUACAUAAAGCAAGAACUCACAGUGUUCCAGUCAAAAGACAUACCUGAGAAGACAUCAUCACCCGAAGAAUCAAUCAGAAUGACGAAAGGCAUCACCAUGGCAACAGCCAAAGCCGUGGCAGCUGGGAAUUCAUGUAGACAGGAAGACGUGAUUGCAACUGCCAAUCUGAGCAGGAAGGCCGUCUCAGAUAUGUUGACAGCUUGCAAGCAAGCAUCCUUCUACCCUGAUGUCAGCGAAGAGGUACGAACCAGGGCCCUGCGGUAUGGCACUGAAUGCACCCUGGGCUACUUGGACCUUCUGGAACACGUCUUGGUGAUCCUUCAGAAGCCAACCCCAGAACUCAAACAUCAGCUGGCUGCUUUCUCCAAGAGGGUGGCCGGUGCCGUGACAGAGCUCAUCCAGGCUGCGGAAGCCAUGAAAGGAACAGAGUGGGUGGAUCCAGAAGACCCAACCGUCAUUGCAGAAACAGAAUUGCUGGGAGCUGCGGCAUCCAUUGAAGCCGCGGCCAAGAAGUUAGAGCAGCUGAAGCCGAGAGCAAAACCAAAGCAAGCAGACGAGACCCUGGAUUUUGAAGAACAGAUUUUAGAAGCCGCUAAGUCCAUUGCUGCUGCCACAAGUGCCCUGGUCAAAUCAGCCUCAGCAGCCCAGAGGGAGCUGGUGGCCCAAGGCAAGGUGGGCUCCAUCCCUGCCAAUGCUGCUGACGAUGGACAGUGGUCACAGGGGCUGAUCUCUGCCGCCCGGAUGGUGGCAGCAGCAACCAGCAGUCUCUGUGAGGCAGCCAAUGCCUCUGUUCAGGGACAUGCCAGUGAGGAAAAGCUCAUCUCAUCUGCUAAGCAGGUUGCGGCUUCGACCGCUCAGCUGCUGGUGGCCUGCAAGGUGAAGGCCGACCAGGACUCAGAGGCCAUGAAGCGGCUACAGGCAGCAGGAAACGCUGUGAAAAGAGCCUCAGACAAUCUUGUACGUGCAGCCCAGAAGGCAGCAUUCGGCAAAGCUGACGAUGAUGAUGUUGUCGUGAAAACAAAGUUCGUGGGAGGCAUUGCUCAGAUCAUCGCAGCCCAGGAAGAAAUGCUAAAGAAAGAGCGAGAGCUGGAGGAAGCCCGGAAGAAGCUGGCCCAGAUCCGCCAGCAGCAGUACAAAUUCCUACCCACCGAGCUGAGGGAGGAUGAGGGCUAGUGUCUGCCCACGAUGGCGAGCCCCAGGAGGUGGUGCCACCCCCCCCCCCCCCCCCAACAAGAACUGGACAGAGCAGUGCUCCCAAGAGCCAGGCACUUCCUGGAAACUGCUGGCCCUCCACCUGGAGUCUCUUUCUCACUCCUCGGUCCUGUUACCACCGACUGCAUGAUCAUGACCUCACGGUACAGUGUCCCACACAGCCCUCCAGCUCCCCUCGUGCCUCGCUUUGUCUCAGGAGAGAGGGGCGCGCAUUUCAUGGACUGUUACCAAAAAGAGAGAAGUCAGUAUUACGUCGUCUUCAGACACCUUAGUCUUUGUCCUCCAAGACUGCUCCAGGGCCUCUGUGACAUCGCCACACUAGGAAAAGAGCAGCAACAACGAUGGCUCACAGGACUCAUCAGUAUCGCGGACACAGACCUUCUCUCUAGAGAGAGGACAGAAGCUGGAGUCGGACACUGUGAGGAAAGCCGAAAACACUCCCAGGUGGACUCUGGGUCUGGCGUCACAGAGGUCCUUGUAAGUUUGGAGCACUGAUUUGCCCACGGGGGUGAAGAACCCCUGCCCCGUUUGCACGCUUUUCUUGCCUCAGUGUGUAAGCUACUUGUACAAUCUACACCCAUCUUGUAUUCUUGUGACCCAGAAAAAAAGGAAGUUAUUUUAUUUUUUUUUUUCUCUCUCCGUAACCCAAAGGGCAGAGUUGUGGAAAGUGGUCAGGGUUUAGGUGGGCAGGGGCCCAAAUAAAAUCCUGGGCUCCUUACUCUGCAAGGCUGUUUUGGUUCAUGCAAAUGAACACACACAAACUGUGUCCCUGAUGGGGCUCAGCGCAGCGCCCCCUGGAGGAAAAAUCAAAAGGGACUUAGUUGGGAAUGAGGAGCCUCCUACCUUCAGGCCCAUUAUCAGCUCCUGUGCUCUUAGGAGGGUCCAAGUUCAAGAUGGAAAGCUGUCUGUUUAGAAAUUUCUCUGCUCUUCCAUCCCCAAGAGGGUAUUUCCCACCCUGUAUCUUACUACAUUAUAGAUCCCUGAGUUUACAUUUGAUCUGAGCCCCUACCUAAGAUAAAGGGUUAAGAAUAAAUGGCCCAUGGCCAAAGGCCUAAUACCAAGCGAGCCCCAGGCAGAUUUCAGUGAAUUCAUGAAGGGAAAAUCAGAGUUAGUAGGGCCGUGAUGGGGCUGUAGCUCAGCUGGUAGAGUGCUUGCCUGGCUAGCUGGCACAAAGCGGGUUCCAUCGCUGGCAUCACCUAAACUCGGUGUGGUGGCACAUGUCUACAACCCCAGCACUGGGGAGAUGAAGGCAGGAGAGUCAGAAGUUCAAGAUUAUCCUUAGCUACACAGUAAGUUAGAGACCAGCCUUGGCCACAUGAGACCCUGUCUCCAAAAAAAAGGCAAUAGAGGCAUAUGGUUUUCAAGACUGAUGGCUGCUGAAGGCAGGUGCUCCCCUCCCUUAAUGAUGUGAGGCCAGUACCACACUGUGUGUUAUACUCAGCACCUAGGUCCAGAUUUCUACCAAAGAAGAAAUAUUGGUAGUCUGGUGAAAAAAAGAAAAAAAAAAGGUGUUGCCUUUCAACCUGGCCAGGAGUCUCUUCUCCAGCGGUCUACCCCUGUGCCACAGUUUGAAAACAAUUAAAUUCAGCAGCUUCCCAGAUGUAUAGAGACUUAUGAAUGCCCCCCCCCAUGGGCAUUUUUUUCAGACAGGUAGAAGGAUAUACAGAGUGGGGUGUGGGUGGAAAGCUAAUGGAGAGCCCAUAUGGAGGGAAAGAGGGUAGGUAUGCAGGCUUUGGGUCCAGUAGAGGAGGAUGCUGGGGAGCCCUGGGCGCUCAUGGGAAAGCAGAUGGUCUUGCUCGCUGUCUUUCAGUGGAGCUCUUCAUGUCUCUGCUGGGGCUUUCCAAAGCUAUUAAGUCAGACCCAAAAGUUCACGAUCAAGAUAUGAGAAUGACCUCACGCAGAAGGACAGGAGGCCCUCCUGCAGCCAGCUCACCCUCCUUCCUGUAGGGUAUACUUCUACGCAGAGUUCUCUGUCCUUGCCCGGGGAUUGUUAAAAACCUUCACAGAAGUGAAUACUGGAGAAAAAUCUCUAACAAAUGAAAAGCAGAGGGCUGUCCUUUCUGGCUGUUAGGAGUGUUUCAGGAGACCAGGAGUCUGCCCUCCUGUCUGGACCAGUGUGCCACUAAGAACUUGGCGGGGAGGUGGUUCCCAGGCAUCACCUGCCGUGGUCCUGUUUCACCUGUCCCUUGCUUGUCCAUGCUGCGUCGAUGUUUGUGAAAGUCCUCGUAGCUGGGUCUCUCCUCAUUUCAUAAGAUGGACGAAAUACUGGACUAUGGCCAUUACUUGAUAAAUGCUGCUGGUGGGGUCCUCAGGCACUGAGGGGACUUCUGGCUCCAAAGGCAGAAAGAAUACAGAUGCAGUGAGUUGCAUUUUGGAGUAGUUUCAAAGAAAAGUGGCCUGAGGCCCAGAGCAUAAAACAUAUCCCUCUAUGAGGGAAUGGGGCUAGGUAUGCAGAUUAGUUGCUCUCCUACCUCUAUCCGCAGAGAAAAAACUGCUAUUGGGUUUGGAAUUCUUAGGCUGAUCUCUCUGUCCAGAAUUUCCAUUUUUUGAUGAUCAAAAGAGGGAUGUGUUUGGUAACUGGGGAAUUGCAUCUAGCUUGCUUCUGCCUUUCGGAAGUCUUUGGAUUGGGAUGCAAAAGACAUGUUCAGACAGCCCUGGGUAGCACUUCCUCUGGCCAGUUGGGGGUAGUCUUGGAAGUCAUUAUAAACAGAUACUUAAGACCUAGCCAGUCUGCCAGUUGUCGCUGUGGUUUUCAGAGGCAGCUGCCCAGGCUCCCGUCUGUGCACAGCCUUUCAUGGCUAAGCCACCACCAGAUCUGCUGGCAUAUACGCUUAAUCCAGAAAAGCCCCUAAGCUGCUCACCAGAGUCUGCUUGUCUUCUGCGUACUCUACCAGCUGGGGAGAGUGCAGGCAACCGAAGCCAACCCCUCAUUUGUUGAAAACAGUAUAACCAGGUGUGGUGCCAUCCAUUCAUAAUCCCAACACUUGGAAGGUGGAGGGAGGAGGAUCACAAGUUUAAGGCCAGCCUGGGCUGGGUAGCAAGUUCCUCUCUCAGAAAAGCAAAGGCCUAGUGGGUGUAACUUGGGAUUAGAAUGGUUGCCUAGUAAGCGCAAAGCCCUGGGUUCAUUCCCAGCAGCACAUAUGCAAAGUAUAGCCAAAAUAUACCACUACCUAAAAGGAUGUAUCCCUUCCCCUCCCUCCCCGCCCCCCCCCCCCGCCUCCUAAGUGACUCCAGAACCAAAACCUCAUGAAGGAACCAGGGUGGAGGUGGUAAGACCAGCUCUCUGUUCUCCCUCUUUCCUCUCUGGCAAGUGGUUCCCCCAAAUCUCCCUGAGCUCUGCAGUUGUAGGCUAUGGCAGCACCUCUGGGAUGUUUGGCUUAAGAUCCUAGCACAGAUUGCCCAUGGGGUCUGCUCUGGCCCCUAGAGGAAACAAGCACUCUGCGACCCAGGGGACAAAAGCAAAGAAUCCAAAGGAAUAGUUCACUUUCAGGGUGAGAGGCAAUAGUCCCCAGAGUCCUGAAAGCCAGAGGUCUUGGUGGCACAGGUCUUACCUUUCCACCGAGUCCCUCCCAGAGGGUCAUCUGCUGGGGGGGCACCCUCUGCAAACCCCCAACACCACUGCUCUAUUGCUCUGAGUUUGUGACUGGUGUGUUGAGGUUUUGUUCAUUGGGAAUGAGCGUGAAGACAGACCUUCUGUUCGUCUGCAAAAACCGUGAAGAGCUGAUGCUUUUCUGUGAAGUGGGCUAGCUUUUAUCUGGUUUCCCUGGAACCCAGCUCCCUGCCUAACAGGAAGCAACAACAUGCAAACCCCUCUACAGCCGUGCCCACUAGAAGACAAGAAAGAGAAGCUCUGCCCUUGUCAUAAUGUUUAAUCACAUAAAUUAAUUUAUCUAAUCACAUAAAUUAUUUUUUUUAUUCAUCAGAAAUAAACUUUUAAAGGAA